ACGCGUUGACGUACAUCCGACAUCUUACGUAAAGCGCCACAACAAACAUGGCGGACGAUCACACGGACGGCGAUCAGUCGAUGGAGGGCCACACCCCUGUUUCUGAAAACCCUCAUCCGGACUUCAGCCUGACUGAAAACCUCCAGAGGACAGUGGAGAACGAGAAACCUGCAGAAAAAAUCUCCAAGCAGAAGGUGGACCUUCAGGCACUGCCCACAAGAGCGUAUUUGGAUCAGACUGUGGUGCCGAUCCUGCUGCAGGGUCUGUCUGUGCUCGCCAAAGAAAGACCUCCAAACCCCAUCGAGUAUCUGGCCGCAUUCCUGCUGAAGAACAAGUCGCAGUUUGAAGAAAGAAGUUAAACCUGGAAUCAUUUCAUUCAGCUCAGUCUCUGUUUAAACCUGUUGAAUAUUCACUUUUUUUUUUAAUUCACAUUAAAGAUGGCAUGAAAAUAAAGUAAACUUAUGUCACAUUUG